AUGCAUUUCUUUCUUUUCUUUCUUCUUUUCAAUCAAUCUUAUCUUUCUUUUCUUUCUUCCUUUCAUUCUGAAAUUUUCCUUUUAUUUCUUUCUUUUCAUUCUUCUUUUCAUUUUACAUUUUUCUUGCUUUUCUUUACUCUUUUCAUUCUACAUAUUUUUCUUUCUUUUUUCUUCUUUACUCCCUAUAUGUUUUUCUUUUCUUUCUUCUUUUUCAUCUACUACGUUUCAAUCUUCUUUUCUUUCUUCAUUUUUUUCUUUUCUUUCUUCUAUUCUUUCUACGUUUUUCUUUCUUUCCUUUCUUCCUUUCAUUCUACGUGCUUUUCUUUCUUUCUUCGUAUCAUUUUACGUUUUUCUCUUUUCUUUUAUCCUUUCAUUCUCCGUUUUUUCUUUCUUCCUCUUUUCAUUCUACGAUUUUUCUUUCUUUUCUUUAUUCUUUUCAUUCUAAAUGUUUUUAUUUCUUUUCUUUCUUCUCUUCAUUCUAUAUAUUUUCCCCCCACUUUUUAUUUCUCUGUGUUUUUCUUCCUUCUUUGCUUUCUACGCUUUUUCUUUCUUUUCUUUUUACAGCUUCUUUUCUCUUCUUACUUUUCUUUUUUCUAUCGAUUUCUUCUUUCCUUUUUCUUUCUUUUUUUUCUAUAUGGCUGUUCACACAACUUUUAUUUUUGCAUGUUUUUUUUUCUUUCCUUAUGUCUUUCUUUAUGUUUUUCUUUACUUCUAUUACCUUCUUUUUUCUUGAGUUUUUCUUUUCUUUGUUUUUUAAUUUCUAAUGUGUUUUGUUCUUUUGUACCUAUUUCUAUAUAUUUUUUUUACAUGGUUCUUUUUUUGUCUUUUCUUUUUACUGUUAAAGGUUUUUCGUUUUCCUGCUACAUGUUUUUCUGUUUAUUUUUCGUUUUCCUGUUACAUGUUUUUCUUUUUCGUUUUCCUGCUACAUGUUUUUCUGUUUAUUUUUCGUUUUCCUGUUACAUGUUUUUCUUUUUCGUUUUUCUGUUACAUGUUUUUCUUUUUCGUUUUCCUGUUACAUGUUUUUCUUUUUCGUUUUCCUGUUACAUGUUUUUCUUUUUCUGUUACAUGUUUUUCUUUUUCGUUUUCCUGUUACAUGUUUUUCUUUUUCGUUUCUCUGUUACAUGUUUUUCUUUUUCUGUUACAUGUUUUUCUUUUUCGUUUUUCUGUUACAUGUUUUUCUUUUUCGUUUUCCUGUUACAUGUUUUUCUUUUUCGUUUCUCUGUUACAUGUUUUUUUUUUCUGUUUUUUUUUUUCUUUUCGUUUUUCUGUUACAUGUUUUUCUUUUUCGUUUUCCUGUUACAUGUUUUUCUUUUUCGUUUCUCUGUUACAUGUUUUUCUUUUUCUGUUACAUGUUUUUCUUUUUCGUUUUUCUGUUACAUCUUUUUCUUUUUCGUUUUCCUGUUACAUGUUUUUCUUUUUCGUUUUUCUGUUACAUGUUUUUCUUUUCCUGUUACAUGUUUUUCUUUUUCGUUUCUCUGUUACAUGUUUUUCUUUUUCUGUUACAUGUUUUUCUUUUUCGUUUUUCUGUUACAUCUUUUUCUUUUUCUGUUACAUGUUUUUCUUUUUUCUGUUACAUGUGUUUCUAUCCUUUCUUUUUUCUGUUACACGUUUCACUUUUUCUGUUACAUAUUGUUCUAUCUUUUCCUUUUUCAGUUACAUUUUUCUUUUUCUUUUUUUCUUUUUAUGUAA